ACGAAAGCUGCAUCAGCGAUAGAGGGAGAGAGAGAGAGAAAGAGAGAGAAAGGGGUUUAAGCACUGUUUGGUUGUUUGUUUUUCACCCCAGCUCGGAGGUUUUCAAUUCCUGUCCACAACUUCUUCACUUGGAUCAAAUUAUAUAUACAAAAAAUGUUCAUUCUUUCAUUCUUACCACACUGAAUCUGUACAGUUUUUUCUUCACCUCAGGUUGUGUUGUUGGAAUUGGAGUCUGGUUUCUGCUUUGCAUGUUCUAAAGUUCUAAGCUUGAAGCCUUCAAUGGAGAUCAAAUUACCAUAAUUUCACUGCACAUAGUUAUCUGUUCUUGUUAUGCUGGUUAAGAGAUGGUGCUGAAGAAGAGAUUGGAGUAUGGUUUUGGUGGGUUUCAGAUUCCCUGUGUGCCUAGAGGUCCCAGAUCAGUUCGAAGGAGACACCCCCUCAAAAGUUUGGAGGAUAAUCAAAUUUGUGCAUUUGAAUUGUUGGCCACUGUGGCUGGGAAGCUUUUGCAGGAGAGUGAAAGCUCUGCUUCUAGUAAUGCUGCAGAUGUGAAAGAUGAGGAGAAAGGUAUUGUUAAGCAAGAGAAGAUUGAAGCAGGGAAAUAUGUGAAUAAAUCUGAGUGCCUUGAUCAGGGAAGCUCGGUGGAGAGCGGUUUUGUAUCUGAUCCCCUCGUUGAAGGGCAAAAAAUCGAUGAUGGUUUUGGUGGAUCUUUGUAUCCGAAAGAUUGUUCGUUCCAGGAACAGACUUCUACGGUUUUGGAGUCUGAUUUCUCGAAGGCGUUUUGUGGUGUGAAGUUGGAGAACAGUAGGAAUGUUGUUGCAGAUGGGGAUUUGGAUAAUGGAGUACGAGGUGAACCCGAUGGGGAUUGCACUGUAAAGGAUAUAGAAGAAGACUUAACCGUAGCUAACGAUUGCACUGUAAAGGAUCCAAUGGAGAAUUAUGUGAAUGAUAACACCCUCCACCUCGUUAACUCAGAGAGUAGUGUACAUUUUCCGCUGUACAGGGAACGUUUUCCUCGUGUUUCUUUUGCAAAGCACAGGAACGAUGUAAAGUUAGGUGUUAGAGAUGAUGGCGAAAAUUCUUACGGGUGCUAUAAACACAGCACCAAGAUUAAGCCCUUCAGGUCACAAUCCCGCAUUGGGUACAAACGAAUCAGGAAAAUGCUGACAUCCAGACACCGAAAGACAGCUCUUGGGUUGAAGGAAUGCGAGUUUUCUGACACUUAUGAAGCGGUGAAGCAUUCAUAUCGUAGUAGGAAAAUCUUUCAUGCCCGAGAAAGAUGUCACCUCGAAACUUCCUCGAAGAGGAGGAAGUUGUGUAACCGUAGCUUUGCUAUUGCGUAUGAUCAGGAGGCUAGUAGUGAAAGCAUUUCUAAUUUGCCCGACAAGAGAAUUAACGGAGACAAUAGUAGCUCGACCGUGAUUACACAUAGAGGAAACGAGGCUUCCGCUUUCGUUAAGAGCCACCAAAAGUCUAAAGACCCUAAUUUAAAAUUUAGCAUCAAGUCUUUCAAGGUGCCCGAGCUUUACAUUGAGGUUCCCGAAACUGCAACAGUUGGAUCAUUGAAGAGAACAGUCAUGGAGGCUGUUACAGCCAUAGUAGCGGGUGGUUUACGGGUAGGAGUUGUUCUCCAAGGAAAGAAGGUAAGAGACGAUAAUAGAACUCUAAAGCAAGCCGGUAUAUCUCACAAUGGAAACAUCAAUGCAUUGGGUUUUACGUUGGAGCCUAAUUUAAGCCAAGUUUCUCUUAUUUCGACCCCGAAAGAUGCUCCUUCUUCCUUACGUGCUGCUGUGGAAACAGAAGUUUCCGGGAGUCCAGCCAGUCCUAACUUGGAUUUGGCGCUUUCCACUAUUCCAUCUGAUCCCUCACCCGGGAUUAUUAUGGAUAAACACGUCGAGGGCAACCGUGAGUUGGUACCAUUGUUCGAGAAUCCUACCGUUCCCUCGACUAAAGUAUGUGAUCCGGACACCAAAGCUUUGGUGCCAGUUCCACCAUCUAAUCCCGAGGCACUUGCUAUUGUUCCUCUGAAUCGGAAAAGUAAGGGCACUGAACUUUCACAACGUAGGACCCGAAGACCGUUUUCUGUUGCAGAAGUUGAUGCACUGGUUGGAGCAGUAGAGCAACUCGGAACAGGAAGGUGGCGUGAUGUUAAAAUGCGUGCUUUUGAGAAUGCAGAUCAUCGCACAUACGUUGACUUGAAGGAUAAAUGGAAGACGUUGGUUCACACUGCGAGCAUCGCCCCCCAGCAAAGGCGGGGAGAGCCUGUACCGCAGGAGCUUCUGAACCGGGUCUUAGCUGCCCACUCGUACUGGUCCCAACAUCAGGCCAAGCAACAUGGGAAGAGCCACGCUGCUUUGCCUCUGAGGACCGAGGUUUGAACAGGUUGUCCCAUGAUUCCUAAGACGUGUAUAAAGUUAUAUCGUAGUGCAUAUAACGUAAGAAUGUAGAGAUUGAGAUUGAAGGGUCGUUUAUAUAUCUCGUCGUUUAGCUUUCUCAGGCUCUCACUGAUUCAUCGCGCAGUCUUCCUCCAUGAUUCGGGGAGGCUGGCGACUGUAAAUUGAUUCAAGAAAUUAAACAUUGUAGUCUAGGGUGCCACUCUCUAUUGAUUCUAUUUUUUUUUUUUUUUUUUUCUGGAAUUGGUAAUGUAUUAUGUACAUUAAUCUCUUUUAUUGUACAAUCACAUUUGAAAUAAAUGUUCAUUGCAUUCCUGAA